CUACACUACCCAGCGUGCGUGGGAGCACUUCCGGUGAGUUUGCGUAACAGUAGCAGGGACGAAACUGACUUUACUUGCAAGGCGGUUUCCUGCCACAACCUCUGAUGCUGCCCAGUGUCCUCCGCUGUGCUCGGCCCAUCUCCACCAGUCUUGCCUUAAGCCGGCCUCUGGCCCACUUCAGACCACACAUGGACCCAGACCCGAGCCGGCCCGUUGAGAGGGCUAUAAGAACCAAACUGACCGACAUGCUCAAGCCGGACCACUUAGAGGUCCACAAUGAAAGCCACAUGCAUGCAGUCCCCCCUGGCUCUGAAUCCCAUUUCCGUGUCCUGGUUGUCAGCUCGCAGUUUGAGGGUCUGCCGCUGAUAAAGCGCCACCGUCUGGUUAAUGAGGCUUUGAAGGAGGAGUUGAGUAGCUGCGUUCAUGCACUGGCUAUCCAGGCAAAGACUCCUGAGCAGUGGGGGAGCAACCCCACCCUGGCAAAGAGUCCGCCCUGCAUGGGGGGCUCGAAGGGAGAUCACACAGUGGAGGAGAAACUGAAGGCCGGGAGAGAGUAAAGCGUUGGACUGUGAAGCGGUGGUACUCUUGCUGUUGGACUGAACUAUGAAGAAUGCAGCUGAAAGUUGCAUCGCUGUGAUGGAGCUUUUUUUUCAAUUUUUAUUUAUGCAUUCUUAGUUUAAUGGCAGGAUUCAGUACAAAAGUGAUUUCUAUGGUUAUUCUGUCAUAGUAAAACAUGAAUUGUAAACAUUAAAUCAGUUAUCUGUUUUCACUAUACAUUUAAGCAAUCAACCAAAUCCUACAGGUGGUAGUAGGCAGGCAUUUUGCACUGCUGCCACAUACUGUUCAGUGAAUACCAUACAGAGGAAACACUAUAAUUCCUUUGGCUAAAGUGAGGAUUUUCCACAUCAGUGCUCCUGCUCAUAGCUCGCGCUCUCAGUGAUUUCAGAUUGGUGGAGUAAUAGUAAUUUUAUUGUGAGAAGAGCUCUUUUUGCCCAGACAAUAAUGGUAUUUACUAAGGCCUAGAUCAAGAAUGGAUGUCAUGGCUGCGUUUGUGCAAGUGAAUGAAAAUAAACAGUAUUCUUCAAAAAAUGUAAA